CAGCAUCUAUGGAAUCUUUGCCAUUUCAGAGGGAAACAUAAUAAUUAUCUAAUUAAAAUGAAUCCUUGGAGAGGUCGAGAAAUCUCUGAAACAUCAAAGAAGAAGAAGAAGACUAAAAUGAGAUCCAAGAAAAGAAAGAACAGUCUCAGAAGAGAAACAACGGUUCAGAAAUUGUUCGAGACUUGCAAGCAAGUGUUUUCCGAUGCCAAAGCCGCCGACGUUCCGCCGCCGGCCGACAUCGAACGGCUCAAGUCUAUUCUAGAUGAUUUGAAGCCUGAGGAUGUGAAUCUUCAACCAAAUAUGAAUAUUUUCGAGACAACUGAAACUCAACACCCUCCAAUAGCCUACAUUCACAUAUACGAAAGCAACAAAUUUUCAAUUGGGAUUUUCUGCUUACCAGCUUCUGGUGUUAUUCCGCUUCAUAAUCACCCUGGCAUGACUGUGUUUAGCAAGCUUCUGUUUGGAUCAAUGCAAGCCAAGUCAUAUGAUUGGGUUGAAAGAGUUGCCACAUGCAAUAAACACAAUGGGAAGAACCUCCAACAAGGGUUGUGUCACCAGUUAGCACGAGUUCAUGUUGAGAAAGAGCUGACAGCACCUUGUGAGGCUUCUGUACUGUUUCCAGCUGCAGGAGGCAAUUUGCACUGCUUCAAGGCCAUCACUGCUUGUGCCAUAUUAGACGUUCAAGGGCCGCCAUAUUCAGAAAGCGAAGGCCGCCACUGUACAUAUUACCAAGAUUUCCCUUUUCCAAGAUUUUCAGAUAGUGUAGAAUUGGAAGCUGAUGAGGAUGUGAAAAGUUAUGUAUGGCUUGAAGAGAGGGAGAAGCCUAAGGAGUUUGUGGUGUAUGGUGCACAUUAUACUGGUCCAACAAUUGUAGGAAUUAGGGACUGAAUUAUUAUUCAACAUCCCAUCCCACCCCAUUGGUCUCUUCAUUUUUAUUUUUCUUCAACAAUGUGAUAAAUCAUAUGCAGGGACACUCUUGGAGAAAUGUCAUGAAUGGGGAUAGACUCAAGCUCUGUUAGAUUAGUUUCAUCUUACGGGAUACAGAUAUAAGUGCACUAUGCACACAAAAAAAGAAAAAGUGAUAAUGUAAUAAAUUGGUUACAUACAAGUA